GAGGGCUGCCUCGGAUAUUAAAGAACCACACCUAGCAGACUGCUCAUAGCUCGGGCCAUUCUGUUCAGCAUCUCAGCUCUUGUUCAUCAAGGAAGGUUAAAAUGUCGAUGGUGUGUGAAUUCCUGGGUCAGCUCACUAUUAAUCUGGGUGGGGACAGUGAACCCAAGAGCCCAACUGUGGUGCACUUUCAGGACUUUGACCCAGAAAAGGAUGCUGCCAGAAUUGAGACGGCUAUCAAAACAAAGGGAGUUGAUGAGCAGACCAUCAUCGACAUCCUGACCAAACGCAGCUACAACCAGAGGCGCGACAUUGCCUUUGCCUACGAGAGGAGAGCAAAGAAGGAUAUGAUCACUGCUCUGAGGGGGGCACUGUCUGGCUCCCUGGAGACUGUGAUUCUGGGUCUGAUGAAGAGCACAGCUCAGUAUGAUGCCUCUGAGAUCAAGGCCUCCAUGAAGGGUUUGGGGACAGAUGAAGAAACCCUGAUUGAGAUUCUCUGCUCUCGCAGCAAUGCAGAACUGGUGGAGAUUAAACGGGUCUACAAAGAGCUGUUCAAGAAAGACCUGGAGAAAGAUGUGGCAGGUGACACAUCUGGGAACUUCGCAAAGCUGUUGCUGGCCCUUGUGCAGACAAAGAGAAAUGAACCCAGCAGUGUCGUUGACUACGAAAAGAUUGAUGAGGACGCCAGAGCCCUAUUUGAGGCAGGCGUGAAAAGACAGGGAACCGAUGUGGCCACCUGGAUCUCCAUCAUGACAGAGAGGAGCGUCCCCCACCUGCAGAAAGUGUUUGACAGGUACAAGAGUUACAGCCCCUACGACAUGCAGGAGAGCAUCCGCAAGGAGGUCAAGGGAGAUCUGGAGACUUCCUUCCUGACUCUGGUUCAAUGCUUUGAAAACAAGCAGCUGUACUUCGCAAACAGACUCAACGAUGCAAUGAAGAGUAAAGGUGCCAAGGAGAAACUGUUGACCAGGAUUAUGGUGUCUCGCUGUGAGGUAGACCUCAUGAAGAUCCGCUGUGAGUUCAAGAAGCAGCAUGGCAAGUCGCUGUACCAGACCAUCGCUGAACACACCAAGGGGGACUACCAGAGGGUGCUGCUGAGUCUGUGUGGUGGUGAUGACUGAGGAAGAUGGUAUUCAAAGACCAUAAACACCAAAAUGAGGAUUACUGAAGCCCCUUUGAGCCCAUCACAGGACAUAUAAAGACAUACAGGCCCAUAAUCACACAGCACUACACAAUGUAGCACACACUGCAGUAUUAGCAUUGUUCCACCGAACCCUCUGUUUGCUAUCAUACGCAUCACCUUUCAGUUGACAAUUAAAGAAUCACAGAGACAGACUGCAGAAUCACAAUGAACUGUUGUUGAAUUCUGUUUUUGUGUUUUUGGUAAUAAAUAAUAAAUAAAUGAAUCAUUUUCCACAAUUUGCUUUGUGCUAAAAUUUAAUGUACCCGUUGAUAUUAGAGGCAUUUUAAUUAGGAUUUUUGCACUGGUAGUUCACAUACAGGUGGUUGGAAUGUCACAGUAUAAAGCAAGAUUUUGUUAUCAGCCACUAGAGGGUGCUAGAGCAAUACAAUCCAGAUCCAUCUCCAGAACAUGGCCUAAAACCAUCUUUGAAGCCUGCUGCAGGUCUUUGAUGUUGUUCUGAGCUUUUUAGAUACAUAAGCACAAGAUAUUAUUCUCAGAAGCAUCUCAACAUUACCUCAAUUAACAUGUUAGAUGUGCAAAAUACUUUCAUUUCAUAUGCACGGACUGUUAUUGAGAAUGAAAGGACUACUUCAAAAAGCAGAGACAAUUAUUUUUCUUAUUUGAGAUAUUCUUCAUUGACCAUAACUAUCUGUUUAAGAUUGAACUGAUCAAAAACAUUUGUAUGGAGUUCCCAUUCAUAAUCUUAGAAUUUUUUCCUGUCAUAGUUCCAUAUAGGCCACAUCAUCAUGCUAGCCAAUUAAAGGCCACUCAAAAAUUAUGUAA